AUGACUCACUCGAUGGCACAAGUGAAUAUGUUAACAGACGAAGGUGAAAGCCAAAGAACGGAGCAACUCCUGACUUUGCCUGAAGAGCAGGUAAAAGAUUUGGCUAGAAGAUAUGGUAUAGUCAUUGGAAACCGAAAAGUGGCUACUCUAGUCGCAAGAAUUGUGGAAAAAGAAAUAGAGUUUGCACAAGAACAGAUGAGGGAAGAAACUUUGGCGACUAAUAAGGAGAUGUACCAAGAAACUCCUGGGGUACAAACCACUAAUGAGGUUCCCCGAAUACCUACGCACAUUACACCACAGCGGCCGGGGAGAAUCAUUACACACAAUGUACCACAAGUGCCGGUGCAAACGGCCGGAGCCAUUGAACAGUUACUGGCUCGCAUGAUAACAUUUCAAGAAAGCUGCCAUAGAGAACAACAAGAGCUACGACAUGAACAACAGGAACUCCGACAGCAAGUGCAACACCACCAAAGACAGGAGGCCCAACCUUCAGCGCCUACUCGCCGAGACGUGAUAGCAAUACAACCGUUAUCAGAGGGCACGGAGAUCGAACAAUGGUUACAGAUCUUCGAAGCAACGGCAGAGCGAAAUGGUUGGCCUGAAACCGAAUGGGGACCCCGAGUAGGACCUAUUAAUUGGCUCUGCCUUGGCAAACUUUUCAUUGCUAACCCGAGAGGAGCAAGAUGA